CCCGACGGGAGGCGAGCCGCCCUCACCGGAGCUCGGCUCCCUACCUGAGCACGACGGUGGCGCCUCGGCACGCGCGUCGUCGCCCCUCCAGCUGCCGGCCGCGGACAUGACCAAUUAGCCUCUUCCUAGGCUGGGAUUUGCUUGCAGAUUUUCUUCAUGGAAGCGAUGUCCCCCCAGCAGGAGACUCUAGGUGGGCAGCCUGGGCGCUCCUCUUCCCUGACAGGAGUGUCACGAAUCGCGGGAGGCCCCGGCACCAAGAAGAAAAUGAAAACACUAGCAGAAAGGAGAAGGAGUGCUCCAUCUCUUAUCUUGGAUAAAGCUCUGCAAAAACGGCCUAGUACCAGGGAAAGUCCUUCUGCUAGUGUUGACACAUGUGCAUUUCUGUCAUCAUUUAUGUGCUCCAGUAGGACUCUGCUAAUUGAUGGUCGGGCAGAACUCAAAAGAGGCCUGCAGAGGCAGGAGAGGCAUCUUUUUCUAUUCAAUGAUCUGUUUGUUGUGGCCAAAAUCAAAUAUAAUAAUAACUUUAAGAUAAAAAAUAAAAUUAAAUUAACUGAUAUGUGGACAGCAAGCUGUGUGGAUGAAGUGGGAGAAGGUAACACCAAUGCCAUGAAAUCCUUUGUCCUGGGCUGGCCCACAGUGAACUUUGUGGCCACUUUCAGUUCUCCAGAACAGAAGGACAAAUGGCUCUCACUUCUUCAGAGAUACAUCAAUCUAGAGAAAGAAAAGGACUAUCCGAAGAGUAUUCCCCUCAAAAUCUUCGCCAAAGACAUUGGGAACUGUGCUUAUUCUAAAACUAUAACAGUAAUGAAUUCAGAUACAGCGAGUGAAGUUAUCAACAUGUCAUUAUCAAUGCUAGGGAUAACUGGCUCUGAGAGAGAUUACCAGUUAUGGGUCAAUUCUGGAAAAGAAGCAGCACCAUAUCCACUCAUUGGGCAUGAAUAUCCCUAUGGAAUUAAAAUGAGCCAUCUUCGAGACACUAUUCUUCUGGCACAGGGAUCAAAGGACUCUGCCUCCCCUGCCAACCUGCAAGAGCCCUUCCUUAUGGAACAGCUGCCCCGAGAGAUGCAGUGUCAGUUCAUCCUGAAGCCCAGCCGCCUGGCUGUGGCCCAUCAACUGAGUGAUUCUGGUCAGAAGACAUUUAAAAGGAGAAGAUCUAUCAUACACUGGGCCUUUUGGCGGGGUUCUAGCACUCAUCUGGACAACUUGCCUACGUCACCAACAUCUCCUAUGUCGGGACAGCUCUUUGGAGUGUCUCUCCCAGAUGUUUGUGAGAAUGACAACCUGCCAAAACCUGUCUUGGACAUGCUUUUCUUUCUUAAUCAAAAAGGCCCCCUCACAAAAGGCAUCUUCAGACAGUCAGCCAAUAUGAAGUCCUGCAGAGAGCUAAAAGAGAAACUGAAUUCUGGAAUUGAAGUGCACCUAGACUGUGAAUCUAUUUUUGUGAUAGCGUCUGUCUUAAAGGAUUUUCUACGAAAUAUUCCAGGAAGUAUUUUUUCAUCAGAUCUCUAUGAUCACUGGGUCUGUGUAAUGGAUCAAGGAAACGAUGAAGAGAAAAUAAAUACAAUUCAAAGGCUACUAGACCAGCUUCCAAGAGCCAAUGUUGUUCUCCUAAAGUAUCUGUUUGGGGUAUUACGUAACAUUGAGCAACAUUCCUCAUCCAAUCAGAUGACUGCAUUUAAUUUAGCAGUAUGUGUAGCUCCAAGCAUUCUUUGGCCUCCUACUUCCUCCAGCGCAGAACUAGAAAGUGAAUUUACAAAAAAGGUUUCCCUGCUUAUACAAUUUCUGAUUGAAAAUUGCUGUAGGAUAUUUGGAGAAGAAAUCACUUCCCUCCUGGGAGAAGUUUCAGUGAGAUGUGACACUAGAGAGAAUGUCCCAGAUAUCUCUUGCUUCCAACUGAAUGACUCCUCCUAUGACAGCUUGGAAAAUGAAUUAAAUGAGGAUGUUGAUGCUCCAUGUAGUGAUUUGGUAAAGAAACUUGGUCAGGGUAGCAGAAGUAUGGACUCUGUCUUAACCCUAAGUGACUAUGACCUUGAUCAGCCUGAGGUGGAAGGUCUUUUAACCUUGAGUGAUUUUGACUUAGACCAUUCUAAAGAUGAAGACAUUCAAAUGAAGCAGCCUCUUGAGACAAAGCCGGUGAACAUUUCAGGAAUGUAUAGAAAGGCUGCACUGGGGGAACAUGCCAGGGCCCCAUCUGGCACUUGUUUACCCAGCUACCUGUCCACAACUACAACAGAUGCUCCAAAAAUCCUGCGGCGACACCGCCGCUGUUCAGAACCGAGCAUUGACUACCUAGACUCAAAGCUUUCCUAUCUCAGGGAGUUUUACCAGAAAAAGCUACGCAAGUCCAGCUGUGAUGUAAUCCUUUCUCAAAAAGAUGAGGACUGUCUGAAGCAGAAUCAGUCUCUCCAGGAAGAGGGUAGGACAUGUUCAGUAACAGGCACUGAUGUCAAUGAGAAGAAUGCCACAAAUCAGAACAUUAAGAAGAAAAGCUUCUCUGGUAAUGAAGGAAAUCAUGUGAAACUUUUCACUAAGUCUAAGCCCAUGGCCAUUUCUGUGGCAUCUUAUAGUCAUAUACCCUCCCGGGAUCAUUCCAGGAACCAAACCUUUGAUCCAGAUUCAUCUGGAUACUCCCCACCACACACAGCAGAUGCCCCCAAGAGUUCAAGGACACAUCGGCGCUGCUCAGAGCCUAACAUAGAUGACCAGAACUGCAAACUGACCUAUCUCCGAGGGAUUUAUUCAAAGAAACAACAUAAAACCAGCUGUGAAGCUGGUCUCUUGCAUGGAGAGGAGGAUUAUCUCAAACGGCAUAAGUCUUUGCAAAUGGAGGGGCAAAAGCUUAUAAAUCAGAGUUUAGUCAUGGGGAUUGAGGUGGGCAAGAGCAGUUCCACAAACCAAAGCACUGAGAAGGUUUUACCCCCUAGACUAAACCUUGGCCCCCGAGCCAGCUAUUCCAGCUUAUCUUCGCCAGGCACUUCCCCAUCUGGCUCUUCAGUAAGCUCCCAGGACAGUGCUUUUUCUCAAAUUUCUGAACAGUCUGUGUUCACGCCCACUGAAACUUCCUCUCCAAUAGAUUGCACUUUUCAGGCUCAAAGAAAGCAAGAAGAGCUUUCUUCUGACUUUAGUAGUUCUAGCUUCAUUUCUGGAAUGCCUGGUCCCUCAACAGGGCAGGCCAGCAAUCAACCAGCUUAUACAAAAAAGGACAAUACUGUAGAGUGGCAUUCACAAAUGCAUUCUGUAACUCUUCAUCCCAGCACAUGGUUGAGAAAUGGUGUGGCCAGUUUGAAAAACUGGUCUCUCAAAAAGAAAGUAAAGGCAGCCAGACCAGAGGAAAAGAAAAUCUGUUCCCUAAAAGGACCCUUGGAGUUACCUCCUCAUGCUUCUCAUGCCAACUCACUGCAAGAAAGACAGAAAGACAUACCCUUCCAGGUAGCUGAAGGAUUUGGAGCUAUGCAGACAGCCCAAUGGUAUAGUUCUUAUCCCUGUCAUGAUUCAGAGAAACUCUGUGGCUCUCCAUUCAGCCUAGUGGAAAGCAAACUCAAGCUUUGUACAAAGUCCCACGAGAGAGGAGAGAGGGGAGGGCACUCUUCUGCUGGUCCCAUGGCUUGGGGAAGGGCCUCAACCAACUCUAUAACUGUGGAAGAUGUGGACAGCCCAGAUGCAGGGCCUGUAGUGGUGUGUGAUGAUGGGGACAGACAUUUAACCAAAGACAUUUAACCACAGUAAGAGUCUGAUGUCUGCAAGAACAGAAACUUAGCUAAUAAUAACAUAAAGACAGUAAUUAUUAUGACCUCUUUUUAUAAAAUAUCUGGGAUAGGUAAUAUAAGGAUAAUCAUUGCUAAUACUUAGGACAACAAAACACUUCUUUCUAUUGAGACAACUUGUCAAAAACUGUAUACUAAAAUUUUCAGCAUCUAAUAUUUUGGAGGUUUUUCCUUUUUAAAACGUGGGAUUGAUCCUGUCAUGAGAUUUUAAGAGAUGCAUGCACAGGGCUAGAGAAAGUGCCCUCUGUAGAAGCCUACCUGUGUCAACAAGUCUGAGAUCAGUGUUGUGAGAAGACCAACAUAUCAUAAAUUGAAGAAUCAGAGACAGAGAGAAAAGGGAAUGGUAUAAAGAAACCAUCCACUUUCUGUGGAAUGUUUUUAAAUAAGUAGGCAAGAAAAAAGACCACUAAUCAAAGCAUUAAGAAGAAAAGCAUGUAUGGUAAUGGAGGAAAUCAUGUAAAACCUUUCCCUAAAUCCAAACCUGUUGGUUCUAAGCAACUUCUUAUAGGUGAAUAGUUAGAUGCACAUCUCUUUUUAGUGAUAUGCCUCCAAAUUGGUUAGGGAGGCCUGAUAAUUUAUUUCCAGGUGAGGGGAUGUAACCGUUAUAACCUUUAAAGAAAGAGAAGAAAGGUCUAUGGAUAUAAUAUGAAAUAGAGAUCUAUAAACCAUGAGUCAAGAGACAAGAACAUGGUGUGGGGGAAAGAGUAUGAUUAAAAUGAUUAGGGCAAACAGGGUCAUGUCCCUUAGAGGUAGCACCUGUAGGUCCAAAGAGCUUAUGACACUGGCCAUCUCAGUCACAGAUGUGUGAAGUAGAUUUCACCUUAUAACCAACCACUCCCAUAUUAAUAUUAUAACCAACCACUCCCAUAUUAAUACUAUAUGUCCAUAUGCAUCUUUUAUGGUAUAAUUAAUAUAUUAAGUCAGCAGGGACUCCCCUUACCCUUAGGCAUACUACUGGCAGAAUUGCAAGAUGUGAAUGAAGCUUUUAGAGUGUCUUUCUGGAAUAACUUACUUCUGUACUUACCAAAAAUAAUAGUUAUAGCCUUUUUUCUUUCAUAUUGACAAAUAGAAAAAUUACCCACCUAAUUUGAAGCAUAGAAGAAAAUAGUUGCUUAGGUUCUUUAAUGACUAUUCCCACUCUGCUCCCUUAGAUACUUAAUGUGAAUAGUCUGUUAAUAUUGCUGUAAAGUAUUAUAUGAUUUGAAGCAGGUUACAUGUCAUUUUAUUAUACAUCAUCAAUCUGUAAUAUAUUAGACUGAUGCUUUAAAAUGCUUUGAGUUUGUAUAAUAUAUCUUGACAAAUUUUAUUACCACAUGUUAUGUAAUAAAUGUGUAUUUUUGUACUUGCAGAAACUGCUGCUAACUUUUAAAGUUGUUUGAUUUUCAAGGCACUGAUAAUGGAUAUGUAUGAAUUACAUGCUGUCUGUUAAAUAAAAUGCCAUUCUACAGA